AUGGCGGACAUAAAAUCUGAAGAUCUUUUUUUGAAUAGGGCGAAAUUCGUCAUGAAAUUGCUAGGCGUCUGGGUGCCGUGCUCUGACGAAACAAAGUUUCAUAAGUUUUAUAGAUUUUUCAUGAUGACUCUACAGUACUUAUUUCUCUUUUUCCAGAUUAUCUAUAUAGUACAAGUUUGGGGUGAUCUGGAGGCUGUUUCGCAGGCCUCGUACCUGCUUUUCACGCAAGCCUCUCUCUGUUUUAAGGUGACAGUUUUUCAAGUUAAUGUGAAAUCACUGCGGGAGCUGUUGAAACGAAUGAACGACAAGAUAUUCUUACCGCAGUCGUUUAAACAAAACAGAAUAUUAAGUCUACAAGCAAAAAGAAUCAAGAGGUUGCUUCUAGCAUUCAUGAUAAGCUCUCAGACUACAUGCGGUUUAUGGGCCUUGAAGCCUUUGUUCGAUGACCCUGGAAGCCGAAAGUUUCCUUUUGACAUGUGGAUGCCAGUAACACCUCAAUCUUCACCACACUAUGAGUUUGGCUAUGCUUUCCAACUCCUGACCAUAUGUAUGAGCGCAUACAUGUACUUCGGAGUCGACAGCGUUGCUCUUUCCAUGGUCAUAUUUGCAUGUGGUCAAAUUGACAUUAUAAAGGACAAAAUUUUAAAAAUAAAUUCAAUAAGAAAAGAAUCAGGUGAUGAAAUGAGUCGAAGAAUCGUUGCUUCUGAUAACAAUAAAAAGCUGAUAGAAUGUAUCAGACAGCACCAGGCAGUGGUUCUUUUCAAGGAACUGUUGGAGAACACGUAUCAUACGUAUCUGUUGUUUCAACUAGUGGGUAGUGUUGGAUUGAUCUGUAUGUCGGCACUGCGCAUCUUAGUGGUUGAAUGGAGGAGCAUACAAUUCUUUUCCAUCGUGACUUACUUGUCGGUCAUGAUAAGCCAGCUGUUCGUGUGUUGCUGGUGCGGCCACGAACUUACUGCUACAAGCGAGGACCUCCAUACGGUUUUCUACAGGAGCACGUGGUACGAACAGGACGUGAGAUUCCAACGAUGCCUGUGCUUUGCCAUGAUGCGUUUGGGUCAACCUCUAGUACUACGAGCCGGUCAUUACAUACCCCUGUCCAGACAGACCUUCGUCUCUAUCCUGCGCAUGUCCUAUUCUUAUUUUGCAGUUUUAAAUCAAACUUGUAAUUUUUUUUAUGUUCAUCCAUUUAACAUGGCAGAUAGUGUUGUCAAAAUAUUUCUCAGCCGGCCAAGGAAAGUCCUCACUUUCAUGGGAAUAUGGUUAUCGUCAAAUAAUUAUGUCAUCCUACGCGACCUGUAUAAAUCUUUGAUCAUGUCCACACAGUACUCAUUUCUAUUGUUCGAAAUAUUUUACGUUUUCGUCGUGUGGGGAGAUAUUGACGAAAUGUCUGAAGCUUCCUACUUACUUUUCACGCAAACCUCAGUCUGUUAUAAAGCAUCCGUUUUCAUUAUUAACAAGAAAAAUCUUAUUGUAUUACUCGUUUCCAUGAAGGCGAAGAUAUUCGAACCGCAAUCCUCUAUUCAUUAUGGUAUACUAUACAGGAACGCUCGGGUAGUUAAAAACUUAUGUGCGGUAUUUUUGAUGAGCGCUAUUACAACUUGCUCUUUGUGGACCAUUAUGCCGUUAUUCGACGCGGCCGAGACGAGAUUCUUCCCAUUCAAAAUAUGGAUGCCGGUAGACCCUCGCGAUUCACCACAAUACGAAUUAGGAUAUAUUUAUCAAGUGAUGAGUAUCUAUAUUAGCGCUCUGCUGUUCGUCGCCGUGGACAACAUUACUUUAGGGAUGAUAAUGUUCGGAUGUGCACAGUUAGAGAUUGUUAUCGAUAAAAUUAAACAGUUAAAGAAUGCUUCGUCUAAACAUAAUAAGGAACGUAGAAAGUUAAUACGCGAGAAUAACAAGCUGUUGGACGAAUGCAUCAAACAGCAUCAGUCUGUUAUAAGAUUCAUAGAAACACUUGAGAACACUUAUCACGCUAAUAUAUUUUUCCAAUUGACCGCAACCGUUGGUAUCAUUUGUAUUAUUGGACUGCGUAUAUCUAUUGUAGAACCGAGGAGCGUGCAAUUUUUUUCUAUGUUGAAUUACAUGGUGACUAUGCUGUCUCAGCUGUUUCUGUACUGCUGGUGUGGAAGUCAUCUCACCACCAAGAGUGAAGAGUUGCGAGAAUGGUUAUAUCAAUGUCCGUGGUACAACCAAGACCCCAGGUUCAGGAAGUCCGUGCUCAUCGCCAUGGAAAGGAUGAAGAGACCCAUUAUAUUCAAAGCCGGUCAUUACAUACCACUCUCCAGACCCACGUUCGUUUCGGUGCUACGAUUAUCGUACUCCUAUUUCGCUGUUCUGAAUCAAGCUAAGAACAAGUGAAGAUUCUUUUCUUUUUAGGUUCACAGAAAUAAAACAAGUAACAUCACAAA